UCGUACGCAUUUUCAAUAUCGCUCUCACUAAUUGUGAUACACACAUAUAUAUGGAUAUAUAUAUAUAAACACAUAUACAUAUACAUAUAGACACAUAAAUAUACGCGAGAACGAACCAAGAGAUCUAAAUUCACCUGGACCAAAGAUCAUUAUAGACCCUCGUUUAAUUCUUCAUAGAAGGAUGACAAUACUCGUAGGAUUAUUAACAACAAUUUUUACGAUCUCAUCGAGUGUCGUACAAGCCGAAUUACCUGCUGGUGUAACGGGAUGUCCAACAACAACGGAUCUUCAAAUUUUUAACAAAUGUGUAUUAAAACAAGUGGAAGCUAUUGUACCAUAUUUGGCAAAAGGUAUACCGUCCUUGAAACUACCGCCAUUGGAUCCACUUUUACUACCUUCUCUAACGGUUGAUAGAAAUUUGGAAGCGCUUAAGAUCAAGGCUAAUAUGAGCCAAAUUCAUGUUUACGGUGCUACGAAUUUUUUGUUAGAAGAACUUAAAGCAAAUCCCAAUGAUUUAACGGUUACGUUAAAAGUACAAUUACCUCACAUACAUGUCAGGGGUGAUUACGAUGUUCAGGGUAGAUUAUUUUUAUUACCGUUGAAAGGUACUGGCAAUUUCAAAGGAAAUUUCACCAAUACCGAGGCAAUAGUUAACGCAAAGGGUAAAGAAGUUACCGACAAGAAUGGUGUACAAAGAUUGGAAAUUGAUAGAUUAAGUACCAAAAUUCGUGUUGACCAUGGAAAUAUUAAAUUAAAGACACCACCUUCUCAUACUGUUGCUGCGAAUGCAGCAGCAACGUUCUUCAAUUCUAAUCCACGAUUAGUACUUGACAUAGCAAGUCCUAUCAUCGAGGACACAGCUGCAACUAUUAGCAAUGCUUUAGCAACCCGUGCACUCAGUGUUCUUACCAAAGCUGAAUUAUUGCCCUAAUUCAUCAUUAUUUUUCUUUUUUUUCACUA